AUGGAGACUCCUCGCGUUCCCCGCGCCGGUUCGACCACAAAAUCUCCAAGCGCAGCCAGCGCUGCUCCGCAAAAGUUGAGAUGGACUUCAUUCGCGCUCUUUGCCAGCAGCGCGCUCUUGGCUCAUGUGCUUCUGGCUCGCUCUUGGUACUCUCGCUUCUUGAUCGGGCCUUCUUUGCCUGAUCAUUGGGUUCGUAACCUCACAUCCACUCCCGGCUCCUUGACACAUUCAGCGCAUGCAGAGCAGCGUGGCGACCCUCAAUGCCACAAGUUGCGAGCAGCAAGAGCAGACGCACGUGCCAGGGGCGGUACUCAGAGUCUAAAUUUCUGCGAAGAUGUACUCUUCCUUGAAGGCUUGGAUCACGAGGAUGACGUUGCGCCACUGUUACUUGCUACUUGCGAUCCGGGCCGAGGAGAAUGGAAUACGGUCAUGGGACCAUUGAAAGAGUGAGGCAAUGCGAGGCUUUCGUUCAUGAUUGACGCCAAGGUGGACUGACCAGGAUAUUGUCCGACUGCAGGUCCCAGCCUCGUGGUGGACUGUGGGUAUGGGAUCCAGCGAGCCCGACCGCAGAGCCUGUACUGCUCUCACACUCGCUCAGCACAACACAAGACCCAUUCCCGAACUCCUUUCACCCACUGGGAGCUGCAAUGUAUCCCUCGAGCUCAGGCGACGAGCCUAGCACGCUCUUGAUAGUCAAUCACGCCUCGACCCACUCUACUAUCGAAGUCUUCUCCAUCUCGAUCCGCGGCGAGUCUGGUGUCCCACGAGCCGAGAGGGUCAAACUCUCCCACAGGGGAACAAUCAGCGAUGCUCUCGCCACGCACACUCCCAACUCUAUUGCCAUGCUUAGCCAGGACUCGUUCCUCGUAACAAACGAUCAUCUUUUUGCGCUCAGGCCACCGCCGAGAGGGCAGGUCGUCAAACUUUUGCAGGCUUUGCGCGCUCCGCACUGGCUCGCUCUACUGGGCGCCGCCGUCUUGACCAACCCACUCCUCAAACAAGUUCUGCCAAGGAUCGAGACAUUCAUGGGUCUUAAGCUAGGUUGGGUAGCACGGGUGCAAAUGCAGCCCUCUGAGCGCACCUCCAUCCCGGUGACUUCGGCCCUCGCGGCUCAAGGGAUUGCAUUUGCCAACGGCAUUUCCGUCUCUCCCAAAGGUACCACGAUCGCUGUCGCAAGCACGACCCUUCCAGGUGUGGUGCUCUACAGCCCGCGUCUCGACGGUGAUGGAAAACCAGAUUGGUCUCGUCCACUUGAAAAGAGGGGAACGAUCCACACGCCUCAAACACCCGACAAUUUGUCCUUUUCCUCAUCGGAUCAUCUCAGUGCCCGUUCGCUGAGCCACACUACCCAAGGCAAUAGCGAACGCGUGCAAGACGACCCCUUCGACGCAUCCAGAUUGGUGGUUGCUGGACAUCCCCACCCUUUGCGACUCGUCGGCAUGGCUCGCACAGUCCGGAGCCCCAGGCCAAAAAGAGCCGGAAGUUGGGUCAUAGACAUCUUGCCCGCAUCUUCUACCCUCUUAAAAAGUGUUGCGCACUUACGAGACGACACGACGGAUGACUCCAUGGUUCGCUCCAAGGGAAAUGCCCCCGUUGACCUCACGAAAAGUCUGGUCAAGCCAAAUGUCGCGGAGUGGGUCGUCCGCAGCCUGUACCUGUCCACAGAUGGCGCAGAACCGGGAACACCGAGCAGUGCAGGCGCAGAGUGGCUUGCUGGAAAGGAACAUGGCACGCUUGUCAUCUCUGGUCUCUACGGAGGCGUCAUGGUCUGCACCAACGUAGCCCCUUGA